UUGUAGGGCACCUCUAUUUUAUAAAAUUAAUACAAAGAGUACACAUAAAACGAAACGAAAAACACAGCGCAGGCUGAACGGUCAUUUAAAAUAAGAGUGCAGUCAACGCGGAUUAAGCGCAGUCACCUCGAGUUUUUGGCAUUCGAUCCACAGGACAGCAUCAACAGCAAGAGCAACAAUAACAAUCAACUACGCACCGAACCGAACCCCAGGCACCGACCGAUUAACGCCCUCCCCGAUCCCGACGCCUGCCCGCACUUUUGCACACUCGCACACACACACACACACACACACACACACACACACACACACCAGUGCACGUACACUCGCCAGCCAGCACCCCUCGCUAGCUCGCCGUCUCCCCUUGGCAUACACACUCAUAUACACGAAAGAACCCACGCACACACACAUUCACAGAUAUCAUCUAUCCGGACGGGGUGACAGACCGACCAACCGACGGGCAUUCAUUAUCACCGCAGCCCAAAACACACAAACACACACACACACACGGCAGUGCUAUUGUUGUCUGCUGGCUCUCGACUGCCCACCCCCACACAACCACCCAACCAGCUCCUGCUCCCGCGCGACGCCCCGUCAAAGGAGUCGCAAGCAGACAAAGGAGCAGCGCAGCGCUCGCCGGCGGUAGGGGGAGUGGCCGGAACUAUCCGGCGCAAGUGCGUCACACAGGCACCAGGCAUCAAAGGAGUCCAGAAAUCGAAAUCAAAGGAGAAGCUGUGGACUGUAGCGGUAGGAGCUAGAGGAGAGGUGGAGGAGGAGGAGCAGCAGCAGCAGUAGCCGGAGCAGGAGGGGUUCCCUAUGGGUCAAAAGGCGAGCACACCAGCGACCAGUGGCCAGCAGAGCCCGCGCUCAAGAACAUUCUCGAGCAGCUCCACGGGAGCCGCUGACACAUCGCCACAAGGUGCGGACUCGGGUGUCGUCGGCAGCCGCCAUGUCGUCGGCGGUGAUGGCGGCCAGGGAUUUAAUUUGUUGCGCACGCUGCCGGGACUGCAGGUGUACCACAACCAGAACUCCACUUCCAUAGACAGGCAGAGGGCGCGCAGCCUCAGCUCGGUGCCGGACAUCCAGCAGCAGCAGCAGCAACAGCAGCAGCAGCAACAGGGAUCCAUCACCUCGUCCGGCAGCAGCCCACACGCACACACUCACAACACACACCCACCACACGCCGGCGUUGCUGUGUCCGUGUCGGGGAACCCGGCGAAUAGCAACAAUAGCUUCUCCGCUGCUGCCAACAACAAUGGCACCUCGACGCAAUCCUACAUGCCCCAAAGACGCACCCUAGGUGACUCCAUACGGGAUAUGGGACUCACUGGUGGAACCAUCGCCGAGAGCAUCGCCCUGGCCGCCUCUGCCACUUCUGCAAAUGGGAUCGGACGCGUGUACACGGCCACAUCGCUUCCAUCGCACAUCUGGUCCUUCAAUGGUAUCAAGUGCCCUGUUUGCAAUAAAUUCGUGCUCCCCGACGACAUUGAAUGCCACCUGGUGAUGUGCCUCACGAAACCACGUCUCUCAUAUAACGAGGACCUUUUGUCGGACGCCAAGGGCGAGUGCGUCAUCUGUCUGGAGGACUUGAGUCCAGGGGACACAAUCGCACGGCUGCCGUGUCUCUGCAUCUAUCACAAAGGAUGCAUCGAUCGUUGGUUUGAGGUGAAUCGCUCCUGCCCCGAGCAUCCAGGAGAUUAGUAAUCCUCAUAAGUGUUUGCUGUUGAUGUUUGCUCGUUGAGUUGUUCGUUAUGUAUGAGAUCGGGAGAGUACGAAGGCGGUAGGGAGAGGCGAGAACAAGAACGAGAGCUACUGGCAGCAGCACCGUAUCACCGUAUGUCAGGCGCCAAGUGCCAGGUGCCAAGAGGUGCGUGGGUCAGGAGCUGCCCAGGCUACAGUUUGGCGAAACACAGUGAAGUGGAGGGGCUUCCCUUUAUAGAGCUACAUAUAUUGGAUGAAUUGACUUGGCGGCCCCUUCCCCCUGCGUUACCGUUACGACCCGAUUGACUGCUGAAACACACAUACAGACCCCACACACCCACACACACACACAAAUCAAUUGAACGAAAUUAAUUAACAAAAUGCUAAACUGGCAUUAGGAAUGCAUAUUUUAUGCUGAUAGAAACGAGAAACCAACCAACCCACAAACACAAAUACAAAUAAAAACACCAACCACAACAACAACAACCACAACAAGGAAAGAAUGCCACAACGUCAAUGGAUAGAUGCGUCAGGAGGAGGGAUCGCGAGAUUGCGAGAUCGAAGGAUAAUGAAAGAUAAUGAUGGAAUGAUGGAAAUGUUAAGCGAAGCAACCAACCAACCAACAAAAGAAUGUCAACCAAUGUGAUGUUAAAUUUUAUAUUUUGUAACUAUAACGAUAAUGCUGUAAUUGUAAAUGUAACUGUACGAGUACUAUAUGUUUAUGUAUAUGUAUAUGUGUAUGUCUGUGUGUAUGUAUUUAUUAUUUUAAAACAGAACUAAAACACUAGGUUUAAAGAACUAAAAAACAAACCAACAAAAAUGAAACCAAGAACACCACAAAAAACCGCAAGGAGAAAAACUCCCAACACACAACAACAACCCACACAAAUAAUACAAAUAAAAAACAAAACAUAAAUAUUAUAAGCAAAAUUAGUAAAAAUAAGAAUGGAGAAGAGGGAAGGAAACGCUAGAUAAAAAAGCAAAGCAACCAAAAAAAAAACAAACAAAAAAGCAAAAAAAAGAAACCGCAAAAAUGCGAAAGAAAAAUCUUAAAUGUAACUGUUAAACUUCCACACAGAACUUUCAAACUAAGCAAACAAAAACUAAGAAUGUGAAAUGAAAACUUCCACACAUAACUUUUGAGGCGAUUUAAAAGAUGUUUCAAGAUUUGUUCAAAACAAUCCCAAAAAUUUUAAUUUGUGCGUCAGCGUUUUAUAGAUAGAUUAUCGCUAGUUUAUACGAUUUUUUUUAAAUUUUGAUUCCUGUAUAUUCCUGUUUGUUAUCUGCAUAUUGAUUGUGUUUUUGUUUUAAACAAAAUAAGAGGUACGAACAUUUUAAUAAGAAAAUAAGAUAGGCGCGAUAAUAUUUUAAAUAUUUUUCACCCACUUUGUUCCCCGUUUGUGAAAUGUGAGAAUUCUGGUCAAACACGAGGUCGAAGCUGGGUUGAGAGGAGUCCUUCGCCUCCAGCCAUAUCCGAUAUCCGCCGAAAUCCGGUAGUAGUCGUAGGCGUUCAAGCUGUGCGUUUAUUACGAUUACAAUUUACAAUACUGCUUUUUUUUGUUGUAUAUUUUGGAAUGGAUGUAUUACCAACAACAAAUUAUAUAAACAUUUAUACUUUUUAUUAUUGCUCAUUCACACGGAUCACGGUGAUCAUGAAGAUGAGAUGAUGAUGAUGAAUGAUCCGAAAAAGUUUCCUUAGCAGCAAGCGGCGGCCGCUCUCGCUCGUAAGAACUAUUUUGUAAAUGAUAUACUUUAAUGUAUUGUACAGAUGAUAUGUAUAUAUAUCUAUAUAUAUACACUAUAUGUAUAUAUAUAUGAAUGUAUAUGUAUACAAAAUAAUUGUAACUGUAUAACUAUAGCUUUGCAUUGAACGAUUGAGGAUUGAGGAACACCGAUCCUCUCCGAAAAGGUAAAAAUGGAUAUUCAAACAAAAUAAAUUAAAACCAAAAGAAAACGAUCAACAUAAGGUACUAACGAUUGAAGAUUGGCAAGUUAUUGAUUUACAUUUGAUAAUUGUUUGUAAAAUACCGAAUAAGUGUAGUAAUUGUAUGCCAAUCACAUUUUGUCUUGAUCAUAGAAAACCCAAAACCACAGGAGAAGGGAAUCUUUCAACUUUUUACACCCCAAUCGAGAGCGUCAGGAGGUUAGUUAACUUGAAUCUAUGCUCGAUUUAUCGAUUAAACCAGGUCGAUGACUCUCGCGGCUACCACGUAAAAUGA